AGGGAGCGUGCACUCGAACAGAUUUAUUGUUGUGAUCCAGUAAAAUAAGAGUUCGUUGAUAGAUAUAAUGUACAUAUAAAAGUUGUAAAAUAUAAUAUAUAAAUACGUUGCUUUAUAUUUUUUGAAUAUGGCAUUAAUUUUAAGUGUUUGUGCUCAAAAAAGAUUUUUCUUUGAAAAUUUUGGUAAUUUGAGACGUGCUCUAAUCUAUAUUAUGUAUAAUGAUUGCACCGUUGAGAAGUUUUCUGCAGCAUAUAAUGUGAAAUAUUUGUCAACAAACAAUUACCAGGAAAAUUCUGUCGGAAAAACUGAAAUUUAUUAUGGAACUUUAACAGGACAAAUUAAAACUCUAAAAAUUUUUUCAUUAUUGACAUCCACUGGUGGUUUAUUGGCUCAGCCAUUUCUUUAUUCAAAAGCUAUAGAAAGUGGUAAUACUGGAGCUGUUUUAGGAAUAUUUGCUUUUAUUGGAUUCUUGACUAUAACUACUCCUUUAUUAAUACAUAUAAUAACAAAAAAAUAUGUGACACACUUGUAUUACGAUGCAAAAGAAGAUAAAUAUAUUGCAAACACUUAUAAUUUAUUUGUUCAAACAAAAGAGCUUGUAUUUACACCAAAUGAUGUAGUAGUACCAAGUGUAACUGGCAUGUUCACAAGUUGUAUUAUAAAAGGUAUUCCUUUAUUUUUAGAACAAAAAUUUUUCUAUGAUUCUACUCAUUAUAUACGAAUAAUGGGAUAUGAUAAGCCAGUAGAUUUGAAAUUAAACAAUAAGAAUACCCUUAAUCAAACAGUUACAAUGGAUGCUGAAUAUAAAGAUCAUAUAAAUAAAAAAUAA